GGAGUUAUAGUCCUCAUCAUCCGCAGGACUCUCAUUACUCCUCCGCGGCGAGCGAAUCGUUGAAUCAUCAUCAAACAUACGGGGCUAACAACCCCCCGACGUAUUACAAUCUGGCGGCCGAUCCGACCUCGACGUCCGGUUCCUCGAGGGACAACCGGAAAACCGGAUCUACGGUGACCUUUUGGUCGCCUGCAACCGCGACCGUGGCCUCAGCAGCCACCACACCUGAUUAUAAGCCUUAUAAUUCUGCUGGGGCUGCUACUGUAAGUGGAUCAUCCAGCGGUGCAGCAGGUGGUACCUCCUCGGUUACGGCAGCAGCUACAGGACCACCAGAUCCUACGGUAUCAUCUUGUCAUCAGAGCAGCUUUGGUCAGAGCUGGUGUAAUUACGCGCCUUACACUACCGCGAGGCAUCAUCAUCCAGUUGACACAGCUGCUCAUCAUCAUCCGCACUCGCAACCGACUGUUCCAUAUUUAACACCCUCCGCGGCCGACGAUCGGGGCAGAGUCGCAGCCGCGAUGGUCGCCGCGGAAGGAACCUUCCCUCACGAUGGUUAUGGCGGACUAAGGAACUAUGGGGCACCCGAGCCCGUCACCUCUAGUCCCUAUCCACCCCCAGUGAUGUGGGGUUCCUCCCCAUCUUCGUUUUUUCCAGCAGGUUCCCUGGCGGGAGUCGGCGUGGGCGUCGGCGUGGCCGGCGUGGCUGGCGUGGGUGUUGGCUGUGGUGGUUCGACGCAUUUGGAGUGGACGGGUCCGAUGACGGUUCGAAAGAAGCGCAAACCGUAUUCGAAGUAUCAAACGUUGGAAUUAGAGAAGGAGUUCCUAUUCAACGCAUACGUCUCGAAGCAAAAACGAUGGGAGCUCGCAAGGACAUUGAAUUUGACUGAGCGACAGGUCAAGAUUUGGUUUCAGAAUCGACGUAUGAAGAACAAAAAGAAUACACAGCGUCAAUCUCAGCAACAACAGAACAAUAAUAAUAAUAAUAACAACAACAACAAUAGCGCGAAUAAUGCGAAUCACCAUGGUGGAGGAGGCGCGACCGGUGGUCAUCAUCAUCCGGGUGCCGGGCAUGCGGCACCAUCGAGUCAUCACGUGGUAGCGCAAGCACACCACGCGAACGGCUCGGCGAAGCAUCAUCAUCAGUGACCCGUGGCCUUCUCUGGGGUCGUCUUCGGCCACUAUCCUCACGGCUCCUCGUCGAGCACCGGGGCAACAACGGCAACAGCAAUUGCCACCGGAGGCAACAUCGGCGUCGUUGGUUCUGCCGUUGGUACUGCCGUUGGUACUGCCGUUGGUUCUGCCGUCGGCGGUUCGGGUGUCGGUUCGGGUGUUGGUACAGGUCUCGGUUCCGGUGUAAUGACCGGUGUCAUGAGCGGUAGUAACGCCGGCGGAAUUGGCGUCUCGACUGGUACCCACGGGGUCGGAGGUCACGCGAGUUUGGUGGUAGCGGCUGCGGCAGCCGGCAUUCCGCAGAGUACGCUGACGCACGGAAAUUCCGCGACGCCUAUACGAUCGGCAAGCGGCGGAAGCGCCGCUGGCAAUAACGAUCGUACCGUCGCGAUUGUCCAUCCGCAUGGACACGUCCACGCGACCACACCACACCAUCAUCAUCACCACCAUCACCAUCACCAUCAUCAGCUGCCGCACGUAGCGCAACAAUAUCCAGCGCUUCUUCAUCAGACCUCGCACGGCUUGGCCGCAUGAAUUUUUUCAAUCUACCAACGCCCCAGAGAAACUACAUUAUAUCUAUUAGCUCGCUUAAAGCAACCGGUCGCGUUCAACGAAAGACGUGUGCACGCGCGCACGCACUGGACUCUCUCACUCAUUCUCUUUCUUUCUCUUUCUCUCUCUCUUUCUCUCUCUUUCUUUGUCAUUCUGUCUCUCUCUCUCUCUCUCUUUCUCUCUCUUUCUCUCUCUUUCUCUCUCUUUCUCUCUCUUCCUAUCUGUCUCUCCGUAUUAUUUUCAACAGCCUCAAAAACUGAUCGAUCAUUUUACAGAGAGAUACGAUAUGCGAAUAGUAUAAAUAUUAUUAUUAUUAUUAUUAAUUAUUAUUAUUAUUAAUAAUUAUUAUUAUUAAUAUUAUUAAAUAUUAUUGCGUAUUAUUAUAACGGUUAUCGAUGAAAGGCAAGCGGAAGGUUAUUGUAUAAAAAGAGAUAAAGAAAAAAUGAAAAAAAAACUCUAGGAGCAAAAACUAAUGCGUAAAGUGUUCCGGAGACUCUUCGUCGAGUGUGUCGGUGUCCAGUGUCGGUCAGCUUCGGAUUGAACGCGUUGUUGAUCGGCAUAUUUGUCGGGCAAGUACGCGCGACACCAAACAAAUCUGUCCAAACCGUAUUCGGUAAUAUUUUCUCCACCUAUAUAUAUAUAUAUAUAUAUGUGUAUGUAUGUAUAUAUAUAUAUAUAUGUAUGUAUAUAUGCAUAUACAUACGAGAUAAGAGUAAUAAGCAUCUCUCGUUCAGUGUCCUACCCGAAAUCCCUUCGUGAAACGCGCGUCUUUUCUUUCGUUAUUUCGUUUUCUCUAUUUUUUAUACUUUUUCUUUUUUUUUUCUUUUUUUUUCUUUCAUUUCUUUCUAUACGUAGGACGCGUUUGUUUCUGAGCGUUAGUAUUAGAUCGUUGGAAUUACGCUAAAGCGGGUUAGGUGCUGUUAGAACGUCAACCCUAAGGAAUCCCAUUUACGAUUAGAAGUGGAACAACGUGGGGGUAAGGGUGGGAGGGAGGGAGAAGGAUCAAGCUACGUGAAAGUCGAGGAGAGAUAUGUUUGGUAAGUCGAAAUAAUUCCUAUGACAAAAUUU